AUGGGUUCAAAGCGGAAGAAACAGGAAAAGAAGAAAGAUUUCCAAAAAACCAAGCUCAAAGUUGGCAAGACAGCUCGCAAGCCGGAUAAUUACACUGACACAUCUUUCACUGCAAAGUCUAUUUCGCUUCCUAAUCAGUCUGUCACCAAGAAAGCCACAAGACCUGCUUCCACAAAGGGUGAGGUGGACUUGAGCCACCACUUGUCAUUGACUAAACAUCAUAGCGCCCAAACUAGAAAGGAGGUCCUAGGAUUCAUUGAAAGCCAUCUCCCCUCGAAUCCAUCCAUUUACAAGCAAAUUAUCAGCUCCACCGUUCCUCUCAUCACUGACCAAAGCCAUGAAGUAAGACUGGCCCUUAUUUCGCUAUUACGGGCGUGUGCCCUAAGGCAAAGUGGUUUGUUGGAAUUGCACAUGAGGGCAAUAGUGUUGUUCCUAAACUCUGCCAUGACGCAUAUCCAGCCUGACAUUAGAGCGACCUCGACUUCAUUACUAGCUACGCUUGUGGAUCUCUCGCCACAGCCGCUUGUCAAGGGUUACUUCGUGAAGCUCAUGAAAAGUUAUUUUUCUCUCAUGUCGUGGCCUCUUGGAGGAGACCAGCAAUCCGUGUCCCUCGCUGUGAAUACGACUGGGUCAUUAGGAAGCGGGAAGAAGUCGAGAGCAAAGCAUAUUCGCAUUCUUAGUCAGUUCCUUGAAGCAGCCUUAUUCGAACUAGAGACCCCUGCAUCAUCAAUGUCGACCGAUUGGUCUCUGGUCAUUCUACCACAUCCCUCAACACCAUGUUACAUGAUGCCUCAGGUGCCACAAUCCUAUUUUCAUUACAAGCUAUUCAUUGACGAAAUACCCUCCUCAACUUCAUCUUCUAUGAGCUCUGAGGAUGGCAAAAUAUCUCUACGAGAAGCAGAAUCAAUGUCCACUGAUGACAUCGAUGCAAGAAGAAAAAUUAUGAUGGAUGUUUUCCACAAGGGCUUGCUCAAGAAUUUGCAAAGCGCUGUAAAAGAAGGUGGUGAAAUUGGAGCUGAAGCAAACACUUGCAUCUCAACGAUUCAUAAAAUUCAGGCACCCAUUGACUCAGCUAAUCAGAGCCUUUUAUAG